AGCUGUGACUGUUUCAAGAUCCCCCAUUAGAAAAUGUGCCUGAUUUGUGGCCAAUGCUUUGGGAUGUAGAAAACUGAAGGGGUAGCUAUGGAGAUAGAGAGAGCAUUGCUGGCUGCUUCCUCUGACAGGUGUUGAGUAGGAAAGUCUCACACAAGCAUGUAUGCCAAAGGGAAAGGAUCCACUGUCCCCUCUGAUAGCCAGGCCAGGGAAAAGUUAGCUUUAUAUGUGUAUGAAUAUUUACUGCAUGUAGGAGCUCAGAAAUCUGCACAGACAUUCCUGUCAGAGAUACGAUGGGAGAAAAAUAUCACAUUAGGAGAACCUCCUGGGUUUUUACACUCCUGGUGGUGUGUAUUCUGGGAUCUGUACUGUGCUGCCCCCGACAGACGUGAAACAUGUGAGCACUCCAGUGAAGCCAAGGCAUUCCAUGACUAUAGUGCGGCUGCUGCUCCCAGUCCAGUGAUGGGUAACAUGCCUCCUAAUGAUGGAAUGCCAGGUGGACCCAUGCCCCCAGGAUUCUUUCAGGGACCUCCAGGUUCUCAGCCAUCACCUCACGCACAGCCUCCUCCUCACAACCCCAACAACCCUAUGAUGGGUCCUCACAGUCAGCCCUUCAUGUCACCGAGGUAUCCAGGUGGCCCAAGACCUUCCCUCAGAAUGCCAAAUCAGCCUCCUGUUGGGGUUCCAGGUUCACAGCCUUUGCUGCCAAACUCUAUGGAUCCAACUCGGCCCCAGGGACAUCCAAACAUGGGGGGCCCUAUGCAGAGAAUGAACCCACCACGGGGCAUGGGAGCAAUGGGACCACAGAAUUAUGGCAGUGGUAUGAGGCCUCCUCCCAACUCAUUAGGUGGCCCUGGCAUGCCUGGGAUGAAUAUGGGUCCAGGAGGAAGGGGUCCCUGGCCAAAUCCAAAUGCUAACUCUAUAGCGUAUUCAUCAUCCUCUCCAGGAAACUAUGUGGGUCCUCCGGGAGGUGGUGGUCCCCCAGGAACCCCUAUCAUGCCAAGCCCUGGAGACUCUACAAAUUCUAGUGAAAACAUGUACACUAUGAUGAAUCCUAUUGGACCUGGUGGAAGUAGACCUAACUUCCCAAUGGGCCCUGGCCCUGAUGGUCCCAUGGGAGGAAUGGGAGCUAUGGAACCUCAUCAUAUGAAUGGAUCUCUAGGCUCCGGGGACAUGGAUGUGUUGCCAAAGAACUCUCCUAAUAAUAUGGCAGGAAUGAAUAACCCUCCUGGGACACCUCGAGAUGAUGGGGAGAUGGCUGGGAACUUUUUAAACCCCUUUCAAAGUGAAAGCUGCCCACGAUCUAGCAAAUUACUUCAAAGACAUGAUCAAUGCAAUCAGAUGAGAUUCCAUCGAACCCCAUUACAAGCCUCCCUCCACACAUAAUCCCAGAUUCAUUCAGUAUUCGCCCAGCAUGACCAUGAGCGUGUGAUACCCCCCCCCCCCCCUCUCCAUAUCUGCAAUGGGAUUGAGUGUUCUCAAGGCCUCAUCACUGGAAGACUGCCAGUGCCCCUGGAAGUGAGGAUUACAAAUGAAUUUUGCAAAAUUGUAUAUUUAGAAGCAGGAAAGCAGCACCCAUUCUACAGGUUCCUUGCAUCCUUUUAAAGACAACAAAAAGACAUUACAGAGCAAAUGACUGGAUUGCAUUUCUGCAAUGACUUUAAACCACAGUGCGCGUCGGCGGGAGGAUUCAGGAUUCACCUCUGGAAGGAUCUUUAUUUCUGCAAAAACAUGAUUUGAAGAUACGGGAUGACCCACACCUGGACCUUCUAAUGCAGUUUGUCAGACUUGCAUUCAGAUUCAGUGACAUAUUUGUUGAUAACAAUAACAGCUUUUUUUUUAAUGCCUAAUGGGACGGUCCCUGGUAGUGAAUGGGUUAAAGCAGCCAUUAAUACAGAUUCCGUUUUUUUCCCUCUUUUUUUCAGUUUCAUAAAAGCCUUUCUAAAACUGGGGCUGAUAACCAAAUGCUCCUUCUAAGAAGCCAUGGCACCCAAUGCUCCUGCCAACAGAACAAAAUGGCAGCUCUCACGCCUGUUUUGGUUUUGGCCACUAUUUUCAGGACUGAAAGUUUAAAUAUUUUAAGGAAAACAUUGUACUGGAUUGCUAAGAGAUUGUGGCACCGUUAUUGUUCACACAGCAGCCUGCUUGCCAGGCACAGUUUUCUAAGUAUUUCUCCCACAUUUUGUACAGGCCUUAUUCUUUUCUCCCUUAUAAUUCUCAUUGCAUUGCUUUCAGCAGAAAAUAAUCACCUUUCUCAUCAGAAAGAAGUGCUGCUUGGAGGAAGCCACAUGUAACAUCCAUAGCACCACCAAUAACAUAAAAACUAUUAGGACUGGUGAAUAAUACAGCAUCUCAUGGGUAACCACAGGGGGCAGUUCUAGGAAUAUUCUUGUUAUAUUAUCUUUUAUUAUUUGCUACAGGGAAACCUUGUUCUGAUAUCUCUCCCACCCAGUUUCUAGCUAUCCAUAAAAUUGCCUUCCCAGGUUGGCAGACCAUUGGAGAUCCUUAGCAGUUACCAGUUGUAUCUGGAUUUUUAUGUUAUAUUUAACUUUAUACUGCAUUGGAUUCCCCAAAAAAUAACCAUGUAUAAACACCUGCUUACCCACAUACAUACACGUAUGUAUAUAAACAUACCGCUAUGAUGAUUAGAAGAUUAGCGCUGAGCGGAGAGCAUCAUUGUCUAUAUGAGUGUACAUUAAGGUGAUUGGACUUCCCCUCUAUUACAGAAUGCUUUUAAAAUGCAUUCUUUGGAGUAUAUUAGUAGUGCUAAUGGCAUUUAUCUUUGUGAAAUGUAUAUGUUAGACUUGUGUAUGGUCAGUAAGAUAUGUGUCAUAUCAACAUCUACAAACUCCACGAAAGGUGGUGGCAACUGGCAAGGUGUUGACAUUAUAAAAAUCCACCAGGAAUGACUUUAGACAGUAACUCAAAAUCUAUUGGAAGAUGUAAUGAAAGUCGCUUUGUUCCAUGUCUAGUAACCCACUGCAGCCAGUCACAUGACACAUUUACUGGUUUGCAUGCAAACAUAUGAUUGGUUGCUAGGCCUGGCGCAGUUUUAUUACCUUACUUCAGAAUGCAAACCGAUCCAUAGUACUAAUAAACUUUCCCCUUCACAUUUAAACUCAUUUAAACAACAGUUUCACUACACUCCCAAGCUGGAAAUGACUAAUGCAUCCCUAAAACAUUCUGCAACCGAUGGAACCCUCAGCUCCCAGCAUCCCAGCUACUGUAGCCCAAUAUCCUAACUAAGAUCUAGCUGUUUGAUUGCAGAAUUCAUUAUUCGAAGCUGGAAGCCUCUGAGUUUGAUCUUAAUGGUCCACAAAGCAAUUUUCACAUGCAGCACUUAAACACUUGCUGUAAACUAUAAAAAGGGUUUUAAGGUCAAUGUGCUGUUGUUCAAUAGAUGAAGAAUGUUAUUUCUGUUUUCACUUCUUUGGUUUUGGCAAACUAAGAGGUUCCUACAAUCUUCACAUGUUUCUUAACUACAACUUCCAGCAUCAGGUGGCAGGGAGAAACAAUACAACCGCCUAUGAAGAGUUGCAGGUUGCUCUUCCUGAAGCAGGACUUCCUGGUUCACCUGAUUAAGAGUUCUACACAAACAACAUUUAGCAGGGUUUUAUUUGAACUAGUACAGCAAAAAACAUGGCCGCCAUCAGAAGGUCUAUUGGCCCCCUCUCUUCAGUAGGUUCUUGCUUGAGGUUAUGAUGCAAACAAACUUGGUCAUCACUGGAUUUCAACAGGAUUAAUAUGCGAUUAUGGUAUUUGGUUAAGGGGCAGAUAUAUCAAGCCCUAAAUUGGGGAAUCCUGAAGUAUUUCCAGGAGUUACAUUUUUGCCCCAUUUGUGAGAAACAUUUAACAGUCAGAAAUAUGUGUAACACAUUUAUCAAAGAAGUUGCCUGCGUCUGUUGGUCAUGAAUGUGUGUAACUGCUUGGAGGUAGUGCCCAGGGCUUUCUCCUUACUCCCAUAUGGAAAUAAUGUUCAGGACUAAAUCUGAAAUAAGUCAAAUUGGCCCCUAAACCUUUUUUCGUGUACUCAGGCUUAAGACCAGGAGUCUCCAGCUUUUGCUUAAAUACAAUUUGCAGCAUGAAACAAUAGGUGUUCAACUGCACAGCCUUACUGCUUUCAGGCUUGGUGCAUCAAUCCCCACAAGGUGGAGCCAUUCACCUUAGAAUAUACUCUAGGCAAAUGAUGAGGAGAGCACCACAAGGCUCAGUGAAUGUAUUGCAGACUUAUACAGCACAACAUGUUGUGGGCCCGUACAUGCCCUUUAUCAAGUGCAGCAUCUCUGUUAGCUGCCUGUGAGAGGGCGUUAUGGUUGAAGCUGCAGUUAAAUAGAUAACACAAUGGAGUGUCUCCCUUGACAGUAUAUACAUACACCAGCAGUAUUUUAAAGUAAGACCUGUUUUAGUUGUUUUGCCAAUGGUUUGAGCCAUCUAUUGCCACCCCCAUGCACACUGAUUGGAAUGUGCCAGGAAAGCAAACCUCACUUACAUAUGAGUAACACAAUAUAAUCUACGAUCCAUGGCAUAGCUGGAACAAUGUAUAAUAAGAGAGAGAACAGUAUCACAUAUCUUUAAUUCUCUCAAGGUAAAAAAGACAUAGGUUUCUACCCCUUACAGAGAAUCUAAAGUCAAAUAUAAAAUGAAACUUGGUCUGGGCUGGGCACUUCAUUAUACUUGAUUUUAAUUUUUUGUUGUUUCAAAAAUAUUAGCAGUUUUAUACUGCCUGUACCAGCUUUCAUUUUGUGUUAUUGGCAUCCUGCUGGUUAUUGAAUAUGGAGGUGGUGUCUCCAUUCUGCUCUGCCUAUGUCCCCUCUAGCCUGUUGGAGUCUUAGAGCUGGAGGGAAGCAGCUGCUUCCUUUCUUCCCAAUACAGCAUGUUCUCUAAAUAGCGGCUCCUGUCAGCAAUCAGACUUGGACUUGAUGCACCAUCUCACCUCUGGGAAAUGGAAAAGCACUUUUUUCCGAUUGUAAGUGAGUAGUGCAUCUCUCCAGCUUUCAGCAAAGCUCUGAAUAAAUAUAUAGUAAACAUAUAUUCUUUAGGCACAAGGUUUUUAGUAGCCACCUACAAAGAUUGUGAGGUGCAGUGAAAUAAGAUUUGCUGGAAUACUAUUGUAGCCAUACUCUAAACCUACAAAUCGAGACAACACUUGACGAAGCCAUCUGGCAGGCCCAGUCCUGGCUUUUACAGAACCUUCAACAUUAUACUAAAUUGGGAAACCAGUCUGGCAGAACUAGGCCUGGAUUAUUAUGUCCUCCAUAGAAUAGGGUCGGCCAUGUUGGAUACAGAACACAUAUUGCAUACACAAAUAUGGGACUUGCAGCUACUUUGUUUUCUCUAUCACAUCUGGAUUCCUUCCUUAAAGACCCUCAUUAGAUCAUGAUUCCUGCAUGUGGGUUGUUGUUUUUUUUUUUUUGUUUCAGCGCAACUGUGAUUUCCUAAGUACCUUCUUCCCAGGCCAAGUAGGGUCGGUCAGUGCCACAGCAUAUAGGCAUCAAGGAGUGACCCUCUCUAUGAACUUCCUACAUGCUGCUCCUCCCCUUCCUCUAACCUCUCCCAUACAAGCAUUGCAGGGACAAGGGAUGUUGUUGGGCAGGUGAAUUGAAGCAAACAGUCUCUUUUACACAACGGGACAACUUUUACAUUUCUUAUGAAGGAUUUUCGUUUUGUUGUUUUAUUUGUUUUUGUUUUUUCUAAACAUAAUGGACCUCAUUACAAAAGAUGUCUGUUCUUUUCAUUGUUUUUUUUCUAUUGUAUUCCAAAGCAACUUUGUACAGAAUAAUGAUAUAAUUACCCGCCUUCCUACUCUUCUUCAUUUUUAUACUUUUUCCCCACCCUCCUGAAAUGUCUGCGUAACUAUAGUGUGAUGUAAAAUACUGUAACAUUAGGACAGGAUUUAAAAGACAAAAAAAUAAAACUGUACUGCUCUUUGUUCUUUAUAUGAUAUGACAGUAUUUGGAAUAUAAAGCUUUCUCUUGCAGAGUUGGCUUUGUAUUUUGCUUGUAGGUUAGAAAUCAGUCCUAGAUUUUAGUUGUCCAGUGUAGCGAAUACAUAUAUAUAUAUAUAAAUAUACGACUAUAUUUAUAUAUAUAUAUAUAGAAUAUCAUGUCAUUUGUAUGUUCUUUAUAUUGUAAAAAUUCUUUAGACUGAAAGUUGCUUAACAAAAAAAAAACAAAAAAACAAAACUGCAUCAAUAAAUGUAAUUUGAUUUUUUCAUA